AUGGUCAUAGCCAUAUGGAAUAUUAGAGGCCUAAAUGGCCUUGACAAGCAGGAUGAGGUUCGUAACCUCAUAAGGGAACAUAAGGUUAAUGUUAUGUUAAUCAUUGAGACCAAAAUCAACCAAGUCAAUAUUGAUUUAGUACACAGACCCUUGGCAAAAUCUUGGAGCCUACACCACAACUAUCAGCACUCCCCUCUUGGCAGAAUUUGGAUUCAAAGGAAUCACAAUUCCAUUGAUAUUAAAGUUUUGCAAGAAACCAGGCAAAUGAUCCACUGUUCCGCUACAUUAUUGAGGUGUAGAACAUCUUUCUUCAUAUCCUUUGUUUAUGGAGCUAAUGCUGCAGAUGAAAGAAGAACCCUGUGGAGUGAUAUCACAAGACUCUCCACCAAUCUCAGUUCUUCCCCAUGGAUUUUAGCAGGUGAUUUCAACAUUAUUAAGUCUUCACAUGAGAAUUUUGGUGGCUCUAGCAGAACCACUCAAGCUCAAGCCAUGGUUGAAUUCUGUGAGUGCCUUCAUGAGGCCAAUCUUGAGGACCUGAGGUUUACAGGCAUUUUUUUCACUUGGUCCAACAAAAGCUUGGAUGUUGCAAAUAUAUCAAGGAAGCUUGAUAGAGUGCUCAUCAAUGGCUCCUGGAAUGCAUCAUUUUCCCUUUCCCACUGCAAUUUUUUGCCCUUUGGAAUUUCUGACCAUGGCCCUAUGAUCAUCACCCUUGGCACACCCAGUCCAAGAAAGAAGGUUCCUUUUAGGUUUUUCAAUUGUUGGAGCUCACAUGACAGCUUUAUUCCUAUUGUCAAGUCAAUUUGGGAUAACCCUAUUAGAGGUUUCACUAUGUUCCAAGUCACUUCUAAGCUUAAAUGUCUUAAGGGUCCUCUCAAGCAACAACUUGCCAAAGAAUUCAGUGAGAUUACCAUGAAAGUCCAACUGACCAAGGAAAAGCUAUCCCUUUGCCAAACUGCUUUGGAUAAUGUCCCAAAUGAUCCUGUCCUUCGAACACAAAAGAGAGAGAUCCUUGCAUCAUAUAAGAAACUCAAAGAAGUAGAAGAACUCACCUACAGGCAAAAAUCUAGGUUUCAAUGGCUCAAGGAGGGGGAUUCCAACACUGCUUAUUUUUUCAAGACCAUAUCAUCAAGAUUCAAUAGAAAUAAAAUUACCAGUCUCUUGGAUGCCACUGGUCAUGUCAUUGACACUGAAGUACUUAUCAAGCAAGAAGUCCUCUUACAUUUCCAAACCGCACUUGGACAGUAA